UGAAUAUCUAUGCAGGACAACACGGAGCAUCAAGAGCCGGACUGUGGCAGAAUCAAAAAAAUCACGAUUAAAAACAAAAUCAGCUGCAUGGGCGCAGCCUGAAGCUUACAGCAACAGUGGUUUCAGCUGCUGCGUCGAGUGCGCCGACUCGAGUCUCGGCCAGCGACUUGGAGACUCGUAAACAUUUUUAGGCCAUGUUCUAAAACCGCUCUGCUCCCGGCCCCCCGCCGCCUCACCCACGUUCCGGUACGAAACGCUCCGAACUGCGUCAGAGAAGACUCCCGCGGCUGCCGCUGCUGCUGCUUUUCGCCCAGAGACUGAGCCAGCCAGGCAGAAAGGUAAACAAAAACCUGUGCGCGUGUUUGUAUCAAUAAAACACCGGCCGCCGUCAAGGCCUUCGUUCUGCCCACUUCGUCCUUCCCCCUGUGCAUCCUCGUAGCGCCGUGACGUCACCAUGGCUGGGUGUGCCGCCUACGCCCACUUAUGGCGGCACUGCAAGCUGCUGUGCCUCCUUCUCGUCCUGCUCCUGCUGUGCGAGACGGUGCAGGCCAAUCCCGAUGCCAAGCGCCUCUACGACGAUCUACUAAGCAACUAUAAUCGACUCAUCCGACCCGUAAGCAAUAAUACGGACACAGUGCUGGUCAAGUUGGGUCUCCGACUGUCCCAGCUCAUCGAUUUGAAUCUCAAAGAUCAAAUUCUAACGACCAACGUGUGGCUGGAGCAUGAAUGGCAGGAUCAUAAAUUCAAAUGGGAUCCCUCGGAGUACGGUGGUGUCACAGAGCUUUAUGUUCCCUCCGAGCAUAUAUGGCUGCCGGAUAUUGUGCUCUACAACAAUGCUGAUGGUGAGUAUGUGGUUACCACGAUGACCAAAGCCAUCCUCCACUACACUGGCAAAGUGGUCUGGACCCCGCCGGCUAUUUUCAAGUCCAGCUGCGAGAUUGAUGUCCGGUACUUUCCCUUCGAUCAGCAGACUUGCUUCAUGAAGUUCGGCUCCUGGACUUAUGACGGAGAUCAGAUCGAUUUGAAGCACAUCAACCAGAAGAACGACAAGGACAACAAGGUGGAGAUUGGCAUAGACCUGCGCGAGUACUAUCCCAGUGUGGAGUGGGAUAUUCUGGGGGUGCCGGCGGAGCGGCACGAAAAGUACUAUCCUUGCUGCGCCGAACCGUAUCCGGAUAUAUUCUUUAACAUAACCCUGAGGCGGAAGACACUCUUCUACACGGUCAAUUUGAUUAUCCCAUGUGUGGGCAUUUCCUACCUGUCGGUCUUAGUGUUCUACUUGCCAGCUGAUUCCGGAGAGAAGAUCGCCCUCUGCAUCAGCAUCCUUCUGUCGCAGACCAUGUUCUUCCUGCUGAUAUCCGAAAUUAUACCCUCGACUUCGCUGGCAUUGCCCUUGCUGGGAAAAUAUCUCCUUUUCACCAUGUUGUUGGUCGGCCUGAGCGUCGUCAUCACGAUUAUCAUAUUAAACAUUCACUAUCGAAAACCGAGCACCCACAAAAUGCGGCCCUGGAUACGCGCCUUCUUCAUCAAGCGGCUCCCCAAACUCCUGCUGAUGCGUGUCCCCAAGGAUUUGUUGAGGGAUUUGGCGGCCAACAAGAUCAACUACGGCCUCAAGUUCAGCAAAACCAAGUUUGGACAGGCCCUGAUGGACGAGAUGCAAAUGAACUCUGGCGGCUCCAGUCCAGACUCCCUGCGAAGGAUGCAAGGACGCAUGGGGGCAGGAGGAUGCAAUGGCAUGCACAUGACUACGGCAACAAAUAGAUUCAGCGGCCUGGUGGGGGCACUGGGCGGCGGCCUGAGCACUCUGAGCGGCUACAACGGACUACCGUCGGUGCUAUCCGGAUUGGACGACUCUUUGAGCGAUGUGGCCGCACGCAAAAAGUAUCCUUUCGAACUGGAGAAGGCCAUUCACAACGUCAUGUUCAUACAGCACCACAUGCAGCGGCAGGACGAGUUCAAUGCGGAGGACCAAGAUUGGGGCUUCGUUGCCAUGGUCAUGGAUCGGCUGUUCCUCUGGCUUUUCAUGAUCGCAUCCUUGGUGGGCACUUUCGUGAUCCUGGGCGAGGCGCCGUCACUGUACGACGACACCAAGGCCAUUGAUGUUCAGCUAUCGGAUGUUGCCAAGCAAAUCUACAAUCUAACCGAGAAGAAGAAUUAAAUUCAAGAAAACAUAAACCUAAGACAAUUUCUCCUAGUUUAAUGCACUGUUUCAGCACAAUAGAUGCGAGUAAAAAUUAAAAUUAAAAUUAAAUUGCGAUAUAAUAAAAACGUUGGCCCAAAAGCAGCCAAGCAAAAUGCUAAAAUGCAAAGCGGUUAUUUUACUCUACUCCUGUCCCACCCCACCGUAGCCCACUUUCACUUCCACUC